AUGAAUUGGUCGCUCAGUUACCUUCCCAGUAACGGAGUAGAUUUUUCCACUAGGCUCCAUCCCUCUCUCAAGUGUCCAUGUCUUUUGCUCAUGACGACGUCAUUGCUCACCUCGUCACUGGUCUCUUACCAGAAUGACGGCAACGGCAUGUGACCCCUUCGGAUUUGGGGAGCUUCAUAAAGCGACGUUAUUCCUCUUCAUUCUGCCCUUUUGUUAAGAACAAUUACCACCAGCACCAAGAACUACGGAUAUUUGCUAUUUGAAAACGAUCUAGAAACUUACCACAACCAGCGAAAUGACGACCCUCAAUUAUUUGCCAUCCGUGAAGCCGUCUGCAAUCGCCGUCGGCGCUAUUUUCACGCACACUGCCUCACUUGGCAUUCUUGCCCCGGUCUUUGGUGAUACCUACCAUCGUGCCCAAGCUGCCAAUUCAAAGGAAGAGUUCUUCAAGUCUAAGGAGGCCGCUGGUGCUGCAGCUGCCUGGGGUAGCUCUCUGGUUGGCAGUGCUGUACAGACUUACGGCGUGGCGGCGUUGAUCAAUGCAACGGGGACCCUGAGUUAUAAGGGUGCAGCCUAUCUGGGAAGUUUGAUCUUUAUGGCCAGUGCAGCUCCGAGUGUCAUCAGCCAGAUCUUCACAGAGAAACGGCCCCUCGACACAGUGGCCGUAGGCGCUGUCGGCAGGGUCUUUGAGACAGUAGGACUCAGUCUUUUCCUUACCUGGUGGGGUACGCGCACCAACCCUUUCGCCUGAGGAAUCGAUGAGGAUCAGCCUCAGUACCACAUUUGAACAUUAUGUUUAUGCGUUAUGUGCAGUUGAAUAAGAUACGAUAUUGUCCUAGCCUCAAGAAUAAUCAAGUGUUCGUAAUCAUAAAAGUUGCUCGACGAAACCGGAUCUUCGGAACAUGUAGUAUAUUAUGUUUGAUAUUGUGUUUGAAGUGCUGGGAUGGCCCAGCGUAAUGUUUGAUGAUCUGGGCAAACAAGGCAACGAGGUUAUGUGACCCUAGUUCCAGAUCAUGGCCUUAUUUCACUGAGGAUAUCGACCCAUUCCAACGGAAUCGGGGUCAACUAUCGAAUCGAGAUCUACGGUUGGGAGAGCCAUUUGCUCCGUGCGGCAAGUAGCUAAUGGUUUGAAGUUCAGCUACCUGUGACUCUUGAGCGUGCUUUCUCAUUUAUACUCCAAGCCAUGGAAGUCUUGAGAAU